UGAUUUCAUUUUACACCUCUCACACACUUCCAGUUUUCAGCAUUCAGCACGAGCAGACAUAGAUUGAAAAUUUCUAAGUUAAUUUUUACAUCAAUAUGGAAUUUAAAGCUGGUUCCUCGAAAUAUGCGAAGGAACCGCAGCGAGCAGGAAUAACCAUCGAUGAUCCUGUGUCCAGCUGCGAUGAGUUUCCCAGGCCCCUGGGUCCGAUGUUGAAAUACAUAGCAAAGACAAAGCUUCAGUCGACCAGGAGGAAAGCAGCUUUAAAAGGGGUCAAAACAAACCAGGCCAGAAAAUCAGAAAAGAGAAACAAAUUGCACUUAUCCAAGGCGCCGACUCAGGGCAAAAGGCGUCCUGCCGCGAAAGUCACAAAAAAGAGAGCUCUGACCACCACGAAACCCAGAAAACCUAAGGCCACGGGGAUUAUUGAUGUGAAUGGAUCUCGUGGGAAUGAAAAGUCUGGAGAAUCCAACGAUUGGACCGCGGUGGAAGUUCUUGUUUGGCCAGAAGCAUGAUGACGAAAAGAUCUUCCGGGAAGUCCAGAAAGAUAAGAUACCAUGCGAUACGUCGAUAUCCGACAGAUCAACCCAAACCAAUAUAUGGAUCCGGCCUCAAGGGAAUGAUAAGGAUGAUGAUACACUGAACACUAGUACCAUUAAAAAUGCUCAAUAUAAAUAAUGAAACUAA